AUGGACCAACAAAGCGGCGUGGAGCGCCCUUUCCAACCGCCUGAGACUGAGGGGGUCAUUCAGGACCCUGGGAUCCAGUCAGUAAGGGACGACUGGGGAGCUCGCGCCAGGCAGAGAAAGCGCGAGGCCCCUGGGUCUCCCGGCGGCCCUAGGACGCCGCAUUUGGGGGCCGGUUCUCGCCGCGCAUCCUCUGCCUGGGUAGGGGCUGCCAGGUGUGCGGGCAGCCGGGAGCAGGAAUGUUUUAAAGGAAGUUGGGCUACUCACAAGUUACUACAUAAGAAAGCGAAAGAUGAAAAGGCCAAGCGAGAAGUGUCUUCCUGGACCAUGGAAGGUGAUAUCAACACGGACCCUUGGGCAGGUUAUCGAUAUACUGGUAAACUCAGACCACAUUAUCCACUGAUGCCAACAAGGCCAGUGCCAAGUUACAUUCAAAGACCAGAUUAUGCUGAUCACCCUCUAGGAAUGUCUGAAUCUGAGCAGGCUCUUAAAGGUACUUCUCAAAUCAAGUUACUCUCAUCUGAAGAUAUAGAAGGGAUGCGACUCGUAUGUAGGGUAAGAAUUUUUUCCCAUGGGACAGGACAUGCAUGCAUUGCAAGAAAUUGCUACCCUUCUCCUCUGAAUUAUUAUAAUUUCCCAAAGUCUUGUUGUACUUCAGUGAAUGAAGUGAUCUGCCAUGGAAUUCCAGACAGACGGCCUUUGCAGGAAGGAGAUAUUGUUAACGUGGACAUCACUCUUUACCGCAGUGGUUAUCAUGGGGACCUGAAUGAGACGUUUUUUGUUGGAGAUGUGGACGAGGGAGCUCGGAAGCUGGUGCAGACCACGUAUGAAUGUCUGAUGCAAGCCAUCGACGCAGUGAAACCUGGUGUUCGAUACAGAGAAUUGGGAAACAUUAUUCAGAAGCACGCCCAAGCAAAUGGCUUUUCAGUUGUUCGAAGCUACUGUGGGCAUGGAAUCCACAAGCUUUUUCAUACAGCCCCCAAUGUACCCCACUAUGCCAAAAAUAAAGCAGUUGGAGUGAUGAAGGCCGGCCACGUAUUUACAAUUGAGCCAAUGAUUUGUGAAGGCGGAUGGCAGGACGAAACCUGGCCGGAUGGUUGGACGGCGGUGACGAGAGAUGGAAAGCGGUCUGCUCAGUUCGAGCACACCCUGCUGGUCACGGACACUGGCUGUGAAAUCCUAACCCGGCGACUCGAUAGCACGCGGCCUCACUUCAUGUCCUAAUUUUAAUUUCUCCCGCGAUGGCACAUCUCAGUGAUACCUUCUGGCUGUACCAUGCAUUUUAUUGAGAGUACAGAAUGGAAGAGGAAAUUUUUUAUUACUUGUUUUGUUUUGCUUAUAGAUAAGGACUACAGCAUUUGAUGUGUGUCCUCAAGAACUUGUCAAGCCAAGAAGAAUAAAGGAAACAUUUCUCAACUCCUUUCAAUGCUCUCUUCUCCCCACAAAAAUAUCUCUGCACCCCCGUUUCCUCCUCUGCCCUUUGAGCACUUUUACUUAAACCUGCUUCUUUCUAGUUGCUUUUAUCACUGCCACCACUGGGCCGUCAGGAGCCAGCUGCUUUCCAGGUGAAUGUUGGAGAUGAGAAUCCUUGAAACUUUAGCAACAUAUGUUGCUCCAGAUUUUUUUUAUUAUAUAUGUAUGGAAAUAUAUAUGUGUACAUUUAAAAUUUCGUAUAUGUAAUUGCUGAACACUAUGUGACCUGGGGUUUGUGUUGAUUCUGCUCUGACAGGGUUAUGUGCUGUCAUAAAUGGACCCAUAGUUUGCAGUGAUUUAAUUCCCAGUUGGAAAUUGGCCUCCCAGCUCCUCCUGCUAAUUACCCUUGCAGUUGUGUAUAAGGAAGCACUCGGUCAGUGAGACUUUGUCUCCAGUGUGGACUCUGUGUCAGUGAAUGGAUGUGUCAAAAUUCACUUUGGAAAAAGGUUAUCAGGUUUUUCAAAAUUUAGUUUAUGGCAAAAAUAGCCAUGCCCCAAGUGGUAGCUGGCUGUUGCAGAGCAUGAGAUUUUUGUAAUACAUUGCUGUUUCAGACCUCCGUUGGUCACAAUGGGAGGAAAAAAUGCUCCCUUCCUCCGUCUUAUUUCAAAGGCACAUGGUGGAAAUAUUCAGAGAAGGGUAGAGGUUGCACUGUGGAGGUUGAUGGGGAAAGAUGGUUCGAAAUCUCACCAGCAGUGAGCAGAGUGAGUCAGGUGGGCUGUAAUUCUAACACUUAGUAAACCUGGUAGUGAUGAGCAAGGAACUGCCUAGGAGACUGGACUGCUCCCUCGGGAGGGAUGCAGCUGUCCUCGGUGUCCUGAAAACACACUUCACCUUUACGUAGUUGGGAACCUCAUUAAAGAUGACCUCAGCUGCCCAAUAUCUGUGUUCUUUUCAGUAGUUCAGCCCAGAUGGGAGUGUAUCCAGUGAAGACAUAUCAGAUCAAAGUCAUCAUCAUCACGUAGUGUACUUGAUUACCGAGUAUCUGGUAACUUUAUUGUAAGAUAAUUUGAUACCACUGACAUGUUCCACUUGUACAAGAACAUCUUUCCCAGAGUGCCUCAGACCUUUAUUGCUUUAAAGGAAUUAUGAUGAUGUUUUCAUUACCUUUAUUAUUUUAAUGAUUUAGUAAAGUGACUGAAUCUGGUAUAGACUUUUGGGGGUAUGUGUGUGAAGUUUUUUAUCAAACUGUAAUAUUUGUGAAUGGAAUGCCUUGCAAUAUGAAUGUUAAUAUAAUGUGUAAAGGGAGAUUAAAAAGUUUGAAUGAUUAUCCCACCA